CCCCUCCCUUUGUAGCCGUUCGUUUCUCUCUUACACACCAAAAACACUUUCUAAUUCUCGUCACUUCCCUUCUUUCCUUUUCUUCGUCCCCACAUUAAAUUCUCAACAAACCCUAAACCCCUCCCCCUCCGCACCCGUCCCCAUCAAUGGCGUCGUCCUCUUCCUCCUCCCCCUUCUCCCACCUCCCAUCUCCUCCGGCGAGCGGCGGUACCUCGGCCGCAGUGGACGCCAUUAUCGCCGAGGCCAUGGACCUCUGCGCCCUCGAGCAUAUCGCCGCGCUCAACACCGCCCACCUCCCCCGCGACUCCGCCCUCCUCCCCUCCCACCUCGAGUCCCGCUUCCGCUCCCUCAAAUCCUUCCCCGCCGCCCACAAUGGCGCGCCGCCGNACUCUGCCCUCCUCCUCUCCCACCUCGAGCCCCGCUUCCGUGCCCUCAAAUCCUUCCUCGUCGCCAACAAUGGGAAGAGUUCGAAGCCAAAUUCCCCAUCCGGGCUCUCUCCGCCCCCUCCGAUCACGCUGCGGAGCUCGCGGAGAGGCGGAGCCUCCCCUUCCCUCUCCCCCUCGCCAUCACGGCGCCACACAUCGAUGUGCUGCUUCGCGUUCUCGCCCAAGAAGUCGGCGGCGUCGUCGCAGAGGAGCGGCGGCGGCGGCGGCGGCAAAGGGACGGGGGAUUUGGGGAUUGGGGAUUGGGAGAGCAACGACAGGAUCGUCGCAGAAUUGAAGGAGCAGAGGCGGAAGCUGAAGAAGGCGCUGCAGGAGCAGGCGAAGGCGCGGAGCGAGGCUGCGAAGAUUGUGCGCCUGGCGAAGCAGGCGUCGGCGAGGAUGAGCACCUUCGCCAUUGAUGAUGAUGAUGAUGAUGAUGAGCUGCUGAGUGAUGAAGAUGAAGAAGAGCUGUUCAAGUAGUUGUCUUGGAUUGGAUUCAGCAACAAUUUCGCAAGAUAUAAUCAACUCCAGGUUUUCAUUUUUCUUUUCCCUAAAAAUUCUUUCUUGUUUUCUUAAGGCUAUAUAGUAAUUGUCUCACAUACAAAGAUGUGAAUUUUGUUACUUUUUCCUUGAAAUGAGAUGCAAGAAUGUGUCUGAUGAAUCUAUA